AUGCCGCACAGGCUCUCGGACGCCGAGGCUGCGACCGCGGCCGGCGCCGACACCGCUCAUUGCAAAAGUUUCGGGUCUAUCCUUGCCGAGCACCGUCAGCUCGGAUCAGAGGCUGCAGGCGAGAGCGCCAUCGACGACUCAGACGCGGAGUGGACGGAGACGGAGAGCGUCUCCGAGGAUGAGGACAAGGUUCAGGAGAAAAACCCGCGGCCAGAGGAUGUUCAAUUGACUUUCGAGCGUGAUACCUCAAGGCUGAGAUUAACCGCACAGACAUCUCUCCUCAGCCUCCUGUUGAUGACCGAAGGCCCGUCCACGAAGGUCUACAGCAACUACGCCUCACAGGGGGCCUCGCAAACGACGCAAAACAAGUCGACCAUCGGCAACUCCCCCAACGACUCUGACGGGGGCCUCCAGAUGAAGAAGACCAGAGACGAGCAUCCUCGGGUCAAGACCACCAAAGAGACCAGACGCCCGCCUCCUCAGCCCGGGCUCACCAAGGGGGCCAGGCUCCGGCCUCCUCAUCUCAACACCAACAAGGACAUUCCACGUUCUAACCCGCGACCCGUCCCCUCCGAUGGACGAACCAACCACGACCAGGCUGUGCUCUCUCCUCGCACCAUACACCGCAAUAUAGCGGCGACCGAGCUUACCGAGUCUCUUCGCCGCGAGCUGCGCUGGAUGCGAGAGAAUGACUUGACCGUGAAAGCCGUGAAGGAGGAGCGCGAGAAGGAGGAUAUCGAAGGUCUCACGCCGAAACUCGAGAAGAUGAGGUUGUCCGACAGGUCCGGCAACGACGAGAACUACGUUACUAGUUGGGAUAACCUUUGGUAA